AUGCGAAUUCAAAACAGGGCGGAGAACAGCAACACGGCGCGCCACCUCGCCGAGUUCUGGAUGAUCGAGCCUGAGAUGGCGUUUGCUGACCUGGAAGAUGACAUGGCCUGCGCAGAGGCCUACCUCAAGCACUGCACCCGGCAUAUCCUGGAGCACUGCGCGGAGGACCUGGCCUUCUUUGAUUCAAUGGUGGAGAAGGGCCUGCUGCAGCGCCUGCAGGAUGUGGUGGAGAAGCCGUUUGCGACCGUCACCUACACCGAGGCGAUCAAGCUGCUGCAGCAGAGCGGCCACAAGUUUGACUACCCCGUGUCGUGGGGCCUCGACAUGCAGUCUGAGCACGAGAGGUUCCUCAGCGAAACGGUGUUCAACAAGACCCCUCUCAUCGUGACGGACUACCCCCGCGACAUCAAGGCCUUUUACAUGCGCCAAAACGACGACGGCAAGACGGUGGCGGCCAUGGACCUGCUGGUGCCCAGGGUGGGCGAGCUGAUCGGCGGCAGCCAGCGCGAGGAGCGCCUUGACGUCCUCGCGGCCCGCAUGGCCGCAAGCGGGCUCAACCCUGAGGAGUAUUCAUGGUACCUUGACCUCCGGCGCUACGGCUCAGUCCCCCACGCCGGCUUUGGCCUGGGCUUUGAGCGCCUGGUUCAGUUCAGCACCGGCGUCGAGAAUAUCCGUGACGUGAUCCCCUUCCCGCGCUACCCUGGGCACUGCAAGUUCUGA